AUGGUUUUCCCUCUGUGUCUGUCAUACUUUCUCCCCCCAGAGCACGUCAUGCGGGCAGUAUUUCCUAUAUUUUUGAUUUGCGUCUGCCAUAAGUCGACCCUCGCGAAUUACACGUGCUAUUGGCCGGAUGGUUCUACUAUCCCCGACUCGUCCGAUUAUACCCCCUGUAAUAUAACAGCGACUGGUAUUGACAGCGCGUGUUGCGAGUCGGGAGAUCCUUGUUCUGCAAAUGGCUACUGUUUUGGCAACGCUGGUUACGUAUACCGAGGAGGCUGCACCGAUAUCAACUGGGAUGCCGACGAAUGCUGCCCAAGCUGCAGGAAUGUUGCUAUCGAUAUCUUCUGCAACAUCAUCCCCUGCCCACUAGUCAACGGCUCUUUCACGAAAAAAUUCUGCUGCAGCGAGCAAUCAGGAACCGGCUGUUGCGACACAGCAAUAGUCGAUCUUGACGAAUACCGCAUAAUUCCUGGUCCAGACCGUCUAUAUGGAGGCAAUACCGUGAGCACAGUUUCGCUAUCGCAGUUUACCAAAACUUCAAGCAUCGCAACCGCUUGGACAUCGAAAAAGCUUCCACCUAUCUCGCCCAGCAUCGUGGCAUCUACCACAUCAGCAAGUGUUCUAUCUGCCGUAGCAAAACCUUUGACCCAACACUCACCACCGACGAAGAAGCUUACUGACCUCAGUGUGGCGAUUGGCGUGCCGCUGGGGGUUUUCGCGAUCUCAGGAUUAAUCGCAUUACUCAUCCACGAACGCAGGCUUCGAAUUAAAGCGCAAAAGACGGUUGUUGAUACACUUGCUGCUUACGAAAAGUGUCGCGCGGCCAAGCCACGUGCUGCAGUCUAUGAGGUGCAAGGUCACCCGAGGCCACAGGAACUGGAGCACACACAGUCGCAACCGGGAGAGCUUUAUGAUGGAGAAAUUCAUGAGCUGAAGUAA